UCUCCGACAUGGCGCCGCCGAUCUCCAACCCCGCCGAGCUGCCCGAGGCGUUCGAGCAGCGCUCCGCCCUCGCCGCCAUGAUGAGCGGCGCGGCGACGACGGGCGCCGCCGGCGUCCUCAUCUCGGCCGUGCAGAACUCGCUGCAGACGCACCGUGCCGGCGCCCUCGGCGUCGUGACGCGCACCGGCGGCACGAUUGCCUUCUUCACCGCCCUCGGCGGCGCCUUCUCCUUCGCCGAGUCGAUGAGCGCAAACGUGCGCCAGCGCAACGACGCCUGGAACACGGCCAUCGGCGGUGCGGCCGCCGGCCUCGUUGUCGGCGCGCGCGCGCGCUCGAUCCCGACCCUCUUCGGCGCCAGUGCCGGUCUCGCACUGCUCCUCGGCGUGUUCGAUGAGGCAGGUGCAUCGCUCACUGGCUCGAACAAGCGGCCGUCGCUGCUCGAUGCAGUUGGGCGCUCGGGUGACGCCGACAGCGACCACGUGCCCGUUGGAAGCCGCGGCUGGCGGGAGGAGCGGGAUGAGAGGAGACGGCGUUUCUUCAAGCAGCCGAAGGAGGACGUCCAGACAUCCGAGUAGGAGCGC